AUGAGACUUAAAGAGAAUGUAUUCUUUAUUGUCUUGCUGGGGGUGUUUGCGCUUGCAAAUUGGGGAAUUGGCCUGAUGCUUAUGAAUACAGAAAGCAGGAGAGAAACUGUGUUGUUGGUUCACUUAAUUUCAGCCAUAACACUCUUUGGAGUAUUUCCAUUACUGUACAGGAGAUGUAAAUACAGCAUUCCCUGCUUUGUUUUCUAUAAAAUACGGCUCCAAUUGUUUCUUUUGGGAGUUAUUACAGAGUGGCCUUGGGUGGAAUACUCCUUGCAUGGAAUGCAUAUUGUGGUGUUAACAGACACCGCAGUGCGAGCAUUGCUUAUGGUGUUGUACGCCACAGCAAAAAGAAAUCUAUUGAAGGACUUUAGUACUGGCCAUAAUAUGGAGGUCUUGCAUUUGGAGAAGUAUCUUUUGUAUGCAACUGGCAAAAUAACUCAGGAAGAGUUGAGAAAGAAUCUAAAAAUAGAUACAUUUUAUAAGAAAGGGCGGCCAGAAGAGUUGCCACUACUGGAUAUCUUUAAGAAGUGGCGCAGAACAGAUGAAACAGAAGGGUCGGUAUUAGAGGAAUAUGGAUAUGGGCUGGGCGAGAGUCUUAGAAUUCCAAAUAGGCCUAGACUUACCCCACAGAUGGACGAAGUAGAAGGAGCAAUUUCGGUUGCAUCUCUUCUGGAUGUUUUUUCUCCAGAAGAUGCGAAUGUUCUUUUUUCUCUUAUUUCUUAUGGAGAAAGAAGCCGAAUCCAAUAUUCAACUUUCAAGGAAACAUUUAGACAAAUAUCACUAGAAAGAACCAAUCUGUACAUGGCGAUUAAAGACUGCAGAAGACUACUCAGCCAUUUUAACUGGUUCUUGUGUAUUGUUGAAGGAAUACUGGUCUUUAUAGUAUUUACCAUUUCUAUGAAUAUGCAGAACUUAUUCUUGCAGACACUCUUCUCUUUUUCUCUGAUAAAUGCGAUAAUACCAGGGAGCAUUAGCUUUUUUGAAAGCUUUAUAUUUUUGCUUAUAUCUCAUCCAUAUGAUACAGGAGAUCGUGUGCUUAUUAAGGGAGAAAAUAUGAUUGUAAACAAGGUAGGGCUUUUUUCCACUUGCUUUACUACAUGGGCAGGUGUUUACACUAUAAUACAGAACAGUGUGGUGAGUAAGUUUCCUGUGGUAAACGUUAGGAGAUCUAUUUCACAAUACUGGACCAUUGACUUGCCUAUUAACAUAGAAUGCUCGAACGAAUCUAUUCUAAAGCUUAAAAAGAGACUACAGUGGUAUGUGGCAGAAGAGAAAAUGCUUUCUGGGCUUGUCUUUGCCCCAAUGUCCUUAGACAACGGAAAUGCAGUGCAUAUUAGGCUGCUUGUUAGAAAGAAUUCAAACUUUCAGAAUGGCUUUUUUACCUUGACUAAUUUUACUAAAUGCCUUGCUUGCAUUAUACGAAUAGUAACUGAAGAGGGCUUGUACUAUAAACCACCAAUUGCCAGAAAGAAAGUAACAGACGAGUUUUUAACUACACUGCUAGAGGGAAACAGCGAUUUGGCCAAAAAGAUAAAAUAAAUAGAUAAUAUGACAGUGG